AUGUUAAAAUUUAAACAUGUGACCUACUUAUUUUAUUUAAGUAUAAGUUUAUCUUUUUGUCAUAUCUAUUUCCCGGAAGAAGUAAUCGAUUGUUGGAGUGCAGAAAAUCAAGACAAAUUGGAUGCUUGUCUUUAUAAAGGAGAAGGAAAUACAAAAGCAGUUCCCAAUACCUAUGAAACGGAGAGUAACUCAGGGCAGGCUAAAAUUUCAAGAAGCCAUUUGAAGCAAGAAAAGUAUUCAAUUAGUUCUGGAAUAGCAGUAGUAAUCAACAACGAAACAUUCGAAAGAGAUUUAAGAUUACCGGAUCGUAUUGGAAGUAGUAGUGAUGCAGCAUCCCUAUACCAAAGUUUCCAAGAACUUGGUUUCGAACAUGAGCUAUUAUCUGAUGCCAGUAACAGUGAAAUGAAAGAGAAAUUUGAAGAGAUUAAAAAUGACAAGGAACAGUUAGAGAAAACAGGCUGUCUGAUUGUAGCUUUGUUGACACAUGGAGAUGAGGACACUGUGUAUAUGACAGAUAGAUCUAUUAAAAUAACAACUGUGAUGUCCUUCUUCAGUGCAGUGAACUGUCCAGAACUUGCUCUGAAGCCAAAAAUUUUCAUUUUCCAGACCUCUAGAGGAGAGGGAAUAGGGCGUGGAGUCAACGUUACAGUCGUACGAGAUAAACCAAGAGAUCCAAACCAGGCAGAUGGCAUAGCUGAAUAUUAUGAUUAUAACAAAUCUCAUGGAGUACAAAUGCGUAUACCUAAUGAGGCAGAUUUCCUAGCAGUGUAUUCUACUUCCCAUGGUUAUGGAUCUUACAGAAGCACAGAAAAGGGGACUCCAUUUGUAAACCACUUGACAGAGGAAUUUCGUAACAUGAAAGAAGGUGAAGAUUUCUAUAAAAUCUUGACAAGAGUGAAUAGAAAAGUUGGAAUAGGAUAUCAACCAAACAUUCCAAGGAGGGAUGUUACUCAGAUGCCUUGUUUUAUUUCACAUCUUACAAAAAAAUUGGUUUUAAGGCAAUAAAUAUUAGACAGUUAGACAGACAACUUAUUGAAACUGUGAAAUUGUUCUUGAUAGAGUGGCUAUAAAUAUGGAAACGAACAACUUUAAAAUUUCAUCCGAUAGUUUUAUUUUUAAUCGGAAACUUAUAAGUAUGUCACAACUAAAAACCGCUAAUGUAUUGAAAAGUUUGGGGUUUUUUUUGACAAAAAAAUAAUCAAAUUGAUAAAAAAAAACAUGUCGGCAAAAAAGUAACAUAAAGAAGUGAACAAAGCUAAAUCUGUUUUUGUUCAAACUGUUGGGCAUAAGUGAACCACAUGAUAGUUUAUUUCAUCGAAAAUCUUGCAUAAUAUUAUUUUUUUUACAAAUGAGUAUAGAUUUUAUUUAAUUUGAAAUGCACAUUGUCAAAUGUAAAAGAUGGUAGUUGUGUAUUUUUUGUAUUUUUUGUUAAAUAACUGGUACAAUAUGCAUUGAAGUUUAACCAAAAUUAACCGUUCUGCAUAAUUUUGACUGUCAUGGUGCAAUUAAACAGGCCAUGUAGACCAUGUGCUGUUCAUUCUUGUUUGCAUUCCUAAUUUCUAAUUGGAGUCGGUGUUGUUAAUUUUUUUCAUCUUUUAUACUGUUAAAUAUUUUUGCUAUCAUGUUUACAUUUUAUCAAGGUAAUUAAUUGGAAUUGAAGCCCAGCUUUAAACUUUAAUGUCCCUAAUGUGUAUGUUGUUUGCUCAGUUGAAACAAUUUCUUGUUUGUCAAAUUCAAAAAAAAAAAACAUUUGAAAUUCUGGUCCGGAGUAAAUUUAUAAAAAAAACACAUUAAUUUUGGUAAUAUAUUAAGCUUCUUUCGAUUCUUUUUAAUUAUUAUUGGGUUAAUUCACAACAAUAAUACUAUUAAUGAAUAAUGUUUUUUGUUAGUGAUUUCUGUCGUCCGAACGUAGGAGUACAGAAAAUAUAUUUUUAAAGAUUUGAUAGGUACCCAUAUGCAUGUUUUCAUUUAAAAAAAAUAUUUCAGCUGAAUGACCAAAACAUGAUAUUUAUAUAUUGACAUCAACGUUUACAGCUAUAUUUGUACACUUAUUUGUAGCAUGUUGUUAUCUCAAACAGUUGAUAUUCUUUUGACUCUGGAAUCCUUGGACUUUUUUUAAACAAGGGAAAAAAUUUAGAGCCCAUAAUUUUAUCAUCCCUUUUUAUUACUUUUUGUGGAGUUUUACAACGUAAUGCAGUGUCAAAUUUAGUGAUUUGAUUUUUAAUGUUUGAUGUCAAUUUUAAAUUCUAAUACUGAUAUCAGAAGAUAGUUAUUCAGAAUAUUUUUUGAAGUUUAAAUGUUUUGUUGAUAUCUAAGAAAUUACAAAUCCAAACUAUUUGUAAUAUUAUCAACACUCAAUUUUCUUUAUUUUGAUAUUCUUAUAGUGAUUGCUGUUUUUUCCCCGUCAUAUUCAAAGGUUGUGUGUGAUUUUCAACUACUAGUAUUGUAUAAAAAUAGAUGGUCAAUCUUUGUCAUAAACUAUUUUGAAGAGUUUUGCAGACCAAUUAUAUUCCUAUAUUUGACAAUUUCAAAAUAGCUAUUUUCGUGGGACAAUAAAGUGCGCUUAGCAGAGAAGCAGCAAAUACCAGUUUCCAAGUAUUUUGUUUGAUCCCGGAGGGGAUAGAACUCACGUGGAAUGGCGUCAAACUCUCACGGCCUAUGGACAGAUAGAAAAAUCAGAUCACACACUUAUUAGUUCCAAAUGUAUACUGAAAUAACAAAAAAUGAAAAUGUAGAAUAUACCUGCAUUUAAACGGUUUCUAUGAUUUAUUACUAACUCAAAAUUUGUUUUCUCUUUUUUGUAAUGUAUAUAAUCAUCUUUGACACGGCAAGCUGUUGAUAAAAGAUGUUAAAUUUGCAAUAACCACCAUCAAAAAUGAUCAUUAAGUAACGCAUAUGACACUAACUAUAUUUGUAACAAUCCCCUUAUUGAAUUUAUUCAUUUUUUAGUUAUGCAUGCCAAAUAAAGGCAACAGUAGUAUACCGCUGUUCGAAACUCAUAAAUCGAUAGAGAUAAAAACAAAUCCGGGUUACAAACUAAAACUGAGGGAAACGCAUCAAAUAUAAGAGGAGAACAACGACACAACAAAAACACAACAUUAAAAUGUAACACACACAGAAACGAACUUUAAUAUAACAAUGGCCAUUUUCCUGACUUGGUACAGGACAUUUUAAGAAAAAAAUGGUGGGUUGAACCUGGUUUUGUGGAAUGCCAAACCUCCCGCUUUUAUGGCAACGUCAAACACAACACCAAAACGACAACAUCACGUGACAGGACCACAAUAAAAAUAAAUGGGAGAACAUAUAGGACAAAGAAACACACGAAUAAUAGCUAGCAGAAGGUACUAGGCUUAAAAUUCAAUACGCCAGACGUGCGUCUCGUCCACACAAGACUAACCAGUGACGCUCAGAUAAAAAAAGUUUGAAAGCCAAAAUAAGUACAAAGCUGAAGAGCACCGAUGACCAAAACUUCCAAAAAGUUGCGCCUAACACGGCCAGGAUUUUCUGCCUGGGACAAAAACAUCCUUAUUAUUUAGAAUAAUUUAUAAUUUUGCAAACAGUAAAUUUUAUAAAAUGACUAUAUAAUAGAUAUACAUGAUAAAAUCAAAGUGGGGACUAACUACAGAAUAAAAACGGAUACAUUACAUGAAAAUGUUGUUCCAAAAGUUAUUACUAUAUUACUUACCAGCUUAUGAAAAGUUUUUAUCUUUAUGAUAACAAGCAUUUUACUUUAUUACUUUGCAAUUACCAAGAUGCAAACGUUACUCACAUUGCAAUGCAAUGGACGCCUACAUUAUUGGAAAUGAAGUCGUCAAAUUGAGUUUAAUUGUGUGACACCUUGACGUCUGACAAUAAAGUUUUAUAACGUUUUUGACAUUUCUUGCCAUACAGGUCAACACCCAGUGAUGUUCGAAGAAUAGAAAACAGCAUUGUUGGUGGAAUUUUGGCAUAUAUUUUCGUUCACUGUAAUGAUUGCAUAUAUAUAUAAUAAUUUUGAAAAUGCCAGUGCUAUUUUUAGCAUCUACUUAGAUUGAGUUAUUUGUACAAAUUAUUAUUUUGUAUAUUUUUCUAAACUAAUAAAUUAUUCACUGUA